AUGGCUUGCGAGCCCAAACGAAUACUGUCCCCGACCGAAUACACAGUCGCAUGCCUCUGUCCCAUGGGCGUCGAGCUGGCUCCCGUAGAAGGCAUGCUCGAUAGGAUCCACAAAUCCCUCCCGACAAAUCGCGAUCACAAUGUAUACACACUCGGUGAGAUUGAUGAACACAAUGUGGUGGUGGCGGUCAUGCCUGAGAUCGGGAACAAUAUAGCGGCCGCAGUAGCAACGCAGUUACUCAACGACUUUCCCUCAAUCCGAUUCGGUCUGCUGGUGGGUAUCGGAGGGGGUGUACCUAGCGCGACAGGCGAGCCUGAUAUUCGUCUAGGAGAUGUGGUAGUGAGUCAGCCUACUGAUACCUUCGGCGGCGUGGUACAAUACGACCUGGGCAAGAGAUUGGUGGACGGGCGAUUCGAGAGGACCGGUCAAAUGAACAAGCCGCCAGCGUUUCUAAGUGCCAGUGUGCACAAGCUGCAAGCUCAGCACUUCCGGCAGGGCGGCAAUCAGAUCUUCGAAAACCUGUCAGAGAUGAUGCAGCAGAAUGUUCGAAUGCAGGCUCAAUACUCGUUCCCAGCAGACCACCAGGAUCAACUGUUCCUGCCAUCCUAUGCACAUCAAUCUGGCGCCACUUGUGGUCAGUGUGAUCCGAGCCAAACGGUGUCUCGUCCCGUUCGGCCCGACCACCGACCUCGCAUACAUUAUGGGACGAUUGGAUCAGCCAACAUGGUGGUGAAAGAUAGCGCUACACGAGAUGGGCUAAAGAAGGAUAUGGACAUCUUAUGUGUUGAGAUGGAAGCGGCCGGCCUGAUGAACAGCUUUCCCUGUCUCGUCAUCCGUGGGAUAUGUGACUAUGCCGACUCGCACAAGAACAAGCGGUGGCAGCCGUACGCCGCGGCGGUGGCAGCAGCAUACAUGAAGGAGCUGUUGAUGGUCAUUCCUGCCCAACGAGUGGUGCAGAGGCGGAGCGCCGCGGUGAGCACAUCAUCUGGCCGCCAAUUUUCAGGCAGUCAGCGUCAUGCCGAUACGGGCGAUCGCAUUCCAGAACAGCCAAGAUUGGCAACCGGUCAACCUUCCCCUGACCCCCGUGGCGAUCGUUACCCGGGUCUCUCUCACAGCCAUUCGCAAACCCACCUGGAGAUGUCCACUAUUAGGGAAUAUCGCUUGGCGAAAAGAACCGCCUCAAAUGAUGAAAUAGAGAGCAUGGACAAUGAUGAGAUAGACCAGCGCAUGAUCAAAAGACCCAGGUUGGACAAUGCCGGAGUCCUAUGUAACUUCGUCGCAAGACAAAAAUGUACCAGGGAGCAAAAUCAACCCGGUGAAAGGUAUGGAGAUAUCAGCGUUGUUGGAAAUAGCACAACCCAUACUGGGGACAGAAUCAUCCAGAGCUGCGACCAUGAUCAUGACUGUGGCCAAUCCAGACGCGAAGCCCUGCUCGAAUCGCUUACCUUCGAUCGCAUGGACGCACGUCUGCGAAAUGUUACUAGAGCUACACCUAAAACAUGUGCCUGGUUGUUCCGUCACAGGGAUUUCGAAGCCUGGCUGCAAGAUAGUCGGAUUGCUGAGCACCAUGGCUUCCUUUGGCUGAAGGGCAAGCCCGGCUCGGGCAAAAGUACGAUCAUGAAAAAUGCAUGGGACUGGGCUAAAAGGAGGCGGCCAAAGAACACUAUCGUUCUGUCUUAUUUUUUCAAUGCCCGCGCCCCUAGUGCCCUCGAAAAAUCAUGCUUAGGACUGUAUCGAUCACUUGUGCACCAAAUUCUCUGCGAGGUCCCAGAGAGUAAACCUGUUUUCUUCGACCGGUUUCUGUCGAAAGAAAGAAACGGCACAGUGGAUGAGUGGACUCAGGAAGAACUCCAGGAUUUUCUCAUUGAGGUUGUCAAGACUAUUGAUGCCCCCCCUCUCCAAAUAUUCAUUGAUGCUCUGGACGAAGGCGAUGAAAAUGACGUGCGGAAGAUGAUGGAUUUUCUCCAGGAACUUGGCCGACAUUCACAAUCGUCUUCAAUGCGCCUUCGAAUUUGCCUCUCAAGUCGCCAUUAUCCCCAUAUUAGCAUAAGGAAUGGGCUGUCGCUCAUCGUUGAACACCAGCCAGAACAUCAGCAGGACAUCGAAACAUAUGUUCAGCAAAACUUCGUUGGUGAGGACACUCCCCGAAUGGUAGGGCUUCGACAGGAAGUGUGUUUCAAAGCAGACGGAGUCUUCUUGUGGGUUGUUCUCGUCGUUUGCAUGCUGAAGAAGGAAUAUGACCAUGGUGGCGGAAUAGACGCGAUGAGCAAACUUCUUGAGGGAAUUCCCAAGGGCUUGGAGGGGCUGUUUGCAGAUAUCCUGAAGCGCAGCUCCGAAGACAAGGAGACUUGCGUAUCUCUUCUACAAUGGGUGCUCUAUUCAACGCGUCCUUUGAGCUCAGGUGAGCUGUACCUAGCAAUUCAAUCCAGCCAGACAGCUACAUCCCAACUGGACACCAUCCUCCCUGGUAAAGAUCAAUUGAACAGACGCAUACUGAAGUAUUCGCGUGGUCUUGUCGAACAGACUAAAAGUCAACCACCAGUCAUUCAGUUUAUUCACGAAACUGUCCGAGAUUUCUUGACCGGAGAAAAGGGGCUGAAGCAGAUACAGUCUGCCUUGACAGGGAAGGUUCAAGGUUGGAGUAAUGACAAAUUGAGGUACGGCUGCCUUCGAUAUAUUCGACACUGUGGGUCACCGGAGCUAGACAAUGCGGAUAAUGACAGUAAUCCGAAGCAAAAGAACCCUACGCUGCUCAAGUCGACAUUUCCGCUAAUAGAUUAUGCUGUGAGCAGUCUUUUAAGACAUGCUGAUACCGCAGAGAAGAAUGGUGUUUCGCAAACAACCUUUCUACAACAAAUGCAAAGAACCGGUCAAAGAGACCUCUGCAACUGGAUACAAUGGCGAAAUGCCUUUGAACGAUACGAAGUACGGAAAUACCGUAACGAUGUGCCGUUAUUGUAUAUCCUCGUCGAGUACAACCUACUGAGUCUAAUCAAAGCUUUAGUCUCUAAGUCAGGCGACCUUGAUGUUGUCGGGGGCAGGUAUGGUACCCCCCUUCAGGCUGCUUGUUUCGCAGGUCACGAAGACAUAGCACGUUUCUUGCUUCAAAAUGGUGCGAGUGUCAACAAGUUGGGUGGUGAGUACAAACAUGCGCUAUUGGCGGCGAUAUACAGCAAAAAGCCCAACAUUAUUACCUUAUUGCGUCAACACGGCGCGUCACCAGCACCUGAGAUGCUGACAAAGCCACUUUUCGAGAUGAUCGCUCGCAAUUAUACCCACGGUGCUCAGAUAAUAAUGGAGUAUGGAGUUGACGUGGAAGCGAAAAAUAGGCGAGGCGAAACACCACUUCAUUUAGCAGUGAUCAAGGCGAAUAUUGUCCUGGUAGAUCUCUUAAUACAGAAUGGAAAAGGCAAUUACGGCAAUGCACUAGAGGCAGCAUCAGAUUCUGGCCAUGAGAAGAUAGUACAGAUGCUGCUUGAUGCAAGUACUGAUGUUGAUGUUAAUUUUCAAAGAGAAAUUUUCAGCAUUGCACUACAUGCAGCAUCAAGGUCUGGCCAUGAGAAGAUAGUGCAGAUGCUGCUUGAUGCUGGAGCUAAUGUUAAUGUUAAUGUUCAACAAGGAUUUUACGGUAAUGCACUGCAGGCAGCAUCAUUUUAUGGCCACGAGAAGACAGUGCAGAUGCUGCUUGAUGCGGGAGCUGAUGUUAAUAUUCAAGGAGGACACUGCAACAGUGCACUACAAGCAGCAUCAGAGCACACCAAUGAGAAGAUAGUGCAGAUGCUGCUUGAUGCUGGAGCUAAUGUUAAUGUUAAUGUUCAACAAGGAUUUUACGGUAAUGCACUGCAGGCAGCAUCAUUUUAUGGCCACGAGAAGACAGUGCAGAUGCUGCUUGAUGCGGGAGUUGAUGUUAAUAUUCAAGGAGGACACUACGGCAGUGCACUGCAGGCAGCAUCAUUUUAUGGCCACGAUAAGAUAGUGCAGAUGCUGCUGGAUGCAGGAGCUGAUAUUAAUAUUAAUAAUCAAGGAGGAUUCUACCAUAGCAGUGCUCUGCAGGUAGCAUCAAAGUCUGGCUAUGAGAAGAUAGUGCAGAUGCUACUUGAUGCGGGAGCUGAUGUUAAUAUUAAUGGAGGAUCCUAUCGCAGUGUAUUGUGGGCAGCAUCAAGCAACGGCCACAGUAAGAUAGUGCAGAUGCUGCGUAAUGCGGGAGCCGUGGAAUAG